AGGGAAAAUCUCCACUUCACUCAUGGAGCUGCCGAGAGUGAAAUUUUUAAUGCUAGAAAGAAGUGUAUGGACAUGUGUCACCAGAUUGCUAAAGGAAUGAGCUACCUGGUCAUGAAGAGGUUUGUCCACCGUGACCUGGCAGCCAGGAACUGCAUGAUUGAUAAUGGAGCAGUAAAAGUGCAGAUUUUGGACUGGCGGAGGAUAUGUAUGGAUCAAGCUACUACCAUAACAGCAGGAGUGAGGGUGGGGAGAAGGUACCCAUCAGGUGGAUGGCUCCUGAGAGUAUUGACACCAACAUCUACAAUCAAACCACUGAUGUGUGGUCAUUUGGAGUGACAUGUUGGGAGGUGUUCACAUGUGGUAGAAUUCCCUACACUGGAGUACCAGCCAUGAUUCUGCUCUCUGAGCUUCGCUCUGGGCACAGACUUGAGAGACCCUCCAAUGUUGCCUGCUCCAAUGAAAUGUGGGAGAUGAUGACAUCAUGCUGGCUGGCUGAUCCUCAGCAGAGGCCAAAGUUCAGCCGUCUAUUCAGAAAGCUAUAUAAUCUGCUGGACUCUGACUGUGCUUAUCUCAGGCUCUAGCUCCUUCUGAAAACUUUUCUGUCGCUAAAAUUAAUGAACACUCUGUGGUACUUGUGUUAUAACACUUUUGCCACCUUGUUUUGUGUAGAGCAUGAUGUAUAGUUGUGUGAUAUGCAACAAUUGAUUGGUGGGGCCAUACAGGGAUAACUAUUGUGUGCAAACAUAGCUACCUGUGUGCUAGUAAUCUGCACCAUUUGCAAUGCCGGUGUGAGUAUUUCCAAAUCCCU